CCCGAUCCCACUCCCACGGUCCCACCUCGCCUCUCGCGCUCCUGCCCACCCAGCCUGUCCGCCGUCUGGUGUCCGCCUGUUCCCCAAAAGCAAAGAGAGGCGCAGAGCCGCCGCCGUUGAUCUCUGACCUUUCCGAUCCAGAGCCUAGCUCUCACCGUCUACCGGAGCUCUCACCAUGGCGGUGAGCUCGCGGUUUCCCUCCCAACCCGCGGCGCGUGGCCUCCUGCGCCGCACCCCGCAGCGCAUCCUCCCCGUCGAGCGCACGCCGCGCCGCCUCGCCCUGGUCGUCACCGCCGUCUCUGGGGGACCUGUACCUGGCGGAUCGCCCGUUCCCAGGCGGCCGCCACCGCCGGAGGACGCCGCGACCGUGGCACCGACCUCAGUGCCGUCGUCGGCCGCCUCGGCCAUCGAUUUCCUCACCCUGUGUCACCGCCUCAAGACCACCAAAAGGAAAGGAUGGAUAAACCAUAGCAUCAAGGGCCCUGAGUCCAUUGCUGAUCACAUGUACCGAAUGGCCUUGAUGGCUCUGAUUGCUGGUGAUCUGCCUGCUGUGGAUCGAGAAAGGUGUAUCAAAAUUGCUAUUGUGCAUGACAUUGCAGAAGCUAUUGUUGGUGACAUUACCCCAUCGGAUGGUAUACCUAAGGCUGAAAAAAGCCGGCGCGAACAAGCAGCACUAGAUGAAAUGUGCCAAGUUCUUGGUGGUGGGCCAGCUGCUGAUGAGAUUAAAGAGUUGUGGGAAGAAUAUGAGAACAAUUCUUCUAUUGAAGCCAAUCUUGUAAAAGAUUUUGAUAAAGUGGAAAUGAUUCUUCAGGCAUUGGAAUAUGAGAAAGAACAUGGCAAAGUGCUAGAUGAGUUCUUUCUCUCCACUGCCGGCAAGUUCCAGACAGAGAUCGGUAAGAGCUGGGCCGCUGAAGUAAACUCGAGGAGAAAGGAGGGAUGCGGAAAGCAGGAGCCUUCAUCAAACUUCCACGGAAACGUGUUGUGAUGGGGACGGUGUGGCCAACUAGAGCCUGGCAAGUUUAAGUGGCCCUGGAGCCAACUUCAGCGGUGGGCUGAUGGCAGUUCACCGAUUGACACGGCUGUUCAGCCUUCCUAAAUAAUAACAGGAGGGUUAUGGAGUGAACACUAGAUUUUAGUCUGGUUAGCUGAAAUGUUCGUAGUUGCUCGAAGACCAAGGGGUAGGUAAAACUGUGUAGUGUUUCGUUGUAGCCUGGAAUCCAGCGAGGAUGAGAUACUUCUUCUUUUUUCAACUCCGUGAAUAAUGAAAGGGCAAUGGUGUUUGCCCUUCUCAUC